AUGGGUGAUUCCUCUGGCACAUUCAAGGUUGAACCUUCAAAUCCUUACUACAUCAAUAAUUCAGAUCAUCUAGGUUUGGUAAUUGUACCAAAGCCUUUGAAUGGAGAUAAUUAUGCAACGUGGCGCAAAUUCAUAACUGUUUCAUUGAACGCAAAGAAUAAAUUGGGUUUUGUUGAUGGAACUCUCAAAAAGCCGUCAUCGGAAUCCAAUCCUGAUGAACACGCGGCAUGGAUGCGCUGUAACGACAUGGUUUUCUCUUGGAUUGUCAACAUGCUUGAUCCCGAAAUCAGCGAUAGUGAAACUUCAUAUUUGACACAAGACCAAUUGUCAGUUGCUGCCUAUUACACCAAGUUGAAAGGUCUUUGGGAUGAACUUGCUUCCUACACAGAUUCUUCUACCUAUACCUGUGCAGCCCAUGGUGAUCGCAACAAACUCAUGCAAUUCCUUAUGGGAUUGAAUGAGUCUUACAGUGCUGUGCGUGGCCAAAUUCUCUUGAUGAAUCCGUUGCCGUAUGUUAGGCAAGCAUAUGCCUCCAUCAGCCAAGAAGAAAAGCAACGCACGCUUGGAGCCUCACGAGUCGCUGCUGGAACCUCCGAUAUUGCUGCCAUGGCUGUUAGAACUGGACGCCCUAAUCAGAAUCGAUCCACCAACUGCGAGGAUCGUCACACUGACAGGUCGGACCAAAACCAUUCCUAG